AUGGCGUAUGACCAGCACAUCGCGGAGUCUGUAGCGAGCAGAAAGAGAUGCAGCCGGGUCAAAAGUCGUAUCCCCAUAGGCCGUGGGCGCCCAAUUACAAAGAUGGAACGUGGUUUUUCUCUGCCGAUAUCCACGCUUUCUGUCCGUUCCUGCAGCAAAGCUGCUCAGGAGGCAGCUGCUUGGAGCGGGGUUUCCUCAUUGGUAGUUGUGUUGUGGGAUGUUUCAGCAGCAUCCCCGGGGUCAUGUUGUGGAGCAGGAACAGGCAAAUGUCGUGGUGUGUACAUGUCCCCAGGGAGAUCCUGUCCCACUGCCACUCACCACAACCCAGGGGCUGCCUUUUCGGUUCAUUUGGGUUUGAGUCCUGAGAGGCAGCAGGUCACCAUGGCUCGGACGGUGUCCAGAUCCUCAGGGGAGGUCAGUGCCUUUAACUGCUUUUGCUUUAUUUGGGCCCAGUCUGUAGCAUGGGGAAGCUGCUCCUUUGCUCUCCAUCAAGGGAACAGUACUGUUGGGUUUGCCCUGUACCUUGUGUGGCAUGUCACAUCUCUCCAUACUGUCGGGAAUAGCCCCUGCCUGGAUGAUAUGCCACAAAGUCCCAAAGGAGCUGGGGUCCAAGCUGGCAGCACUCUGCACGCGCUGGCCAUGCACCUGGGGCGGGAAGGCUGUUGUGUACCUGGAAGGCGGCUUGAUUCAGUCCAGAGUGUCUGUGCACACUGCGUUGCAUCUGUGCUUUUCUUCCCUGCUGCAAACACGGAGCUGCCCUGUGCUGAGGGUCUCCCCACUUUUCCAGUCCCUCCCAGAAGGACCCUGGGCUGGAUCUCCUUCUCUGCUUUGGCUCUCAUGGUUUAUGGGCACUGCUGCUGUGCAUAUGGGACCAGCGCUGUGUUUCUAGGUGCUUGCAAUGUCCCAGGACACAUCAUGUGCUUACAAGCCCAUCAGCAAAUCCUCCCCGAAUUCCCUUUUAUGCACUCCACUGUCACUCAGCGUUUUUAUCAGUGUAGUGCAUUAAGGGUAUCAGUCCAUCGCUGGCCAUUUCGCUGGGGUCUUUUACAAUGUAGAUGGAUGUUUCCCAGGCUUCUGGGAUUUGCUGCUUGUCACAUGGGGCCCGAGGGAAUUUUUUCCCCUCCUGCUGCUGGACGCGCCUGGAGGAGAGGGGUGUUCCCCUUCCUCUGCAGCAUUGGGUGGGGAUGGGAACCGGGCUGUGCCAGUGCUUCUGGUGGGACCAAACCCAGAGGGUCAUGGCUGGAGGGUGUUAGCCCCUCCACUCAGGCUCAGAUCAACAUUGCAUUGGGGGAGGAAGGGAUUUUACGCUCCUGGUCAGAUUGCUAUGGACUAGGGGGAGUUUGCUUUCCUCCGUGCUGCCCCAUCACUGCCAUCUUCCCAGUCUGUGCUGUAGCCAAGAAGCUGCCUCAUUUCUGCUCUCCUUAG